AUGGCACACUCAUCAUUCAUGGUGAUUUCCAUCACGGAACGUUGGAGGCAUUGGAUUUGUCGUACACCCAUCUAUUGUCCAUCUUGUCGAUUCGCAUGCCUGUCACCUCGUCUGGCUAUCCUUCGACUCCGUCCUCUGCAGCAGAAAACCAUCAGUAUGAUCAACUGCUAUUCCCCAACAUUAGCCGCUGAUGAUUUGGAACUUAAUGCUUAUGAGGAUUUGGAGGAAGUCAUCUACAAAAAAUCCUUCUAUAAGUUCGUCGUGAGUGUUCAAUGCAAAAAUCGGGAUGCCAGAAGAAGGGACACAGGAUCGGGAGUUGGAUCAGGACUCCGGAAUGAGAAUGAAUGGAUUGCUUGGGAAGCAAAACGUCCUCGAAGUAGGCCACCGACCAGAUGGGCUGAUGUGUUCGUUGCACGGAUGAACCAGCUGAAUUCUCAGCAGGCAACGGGUAAUGGACCUGGACCUCGCGGACGUCGUCGCCGCACUUCAAUACCAACAUCGUGGAUGACGCUAGCGAAAGAGAGAAACGGAUGGAAACAGUGCCGUGGCCUGCACGACAAGUGA